AGCUGUUUCGUGUUUGUAGGUGUGGUCUAAAACAAAAUGGCUGUCAGUUGGUUGAGUAAACAAGACAAAAAAGAAUUGUUCCAGUGGAUCUGUAACGUGUUCUUUCUGUCCAUUAUACUCCUUGGACUCUUCUUUGUGGUUUUAUUACACUUGCAAGUGAUACCAAAUGUUCAGGACAGCAGGUGCAAGUGUGUCUGCCCUCAUAAAGAUGAGAACUCAACCGUAUUCCUAAAACUAGGAGGCAAUGCAGAACAAUGUGUUUGUCAAAUGAUCUUACCUUCAGCUGAUGAUUCCUUGUGUGCAUUCUGUACGUGUACAUUUGAGACACGAAAUAACUUGGUUGUGAAAUUUAUUAUAGUUACCAUGACAAUGCUCGUCUGUUUGCUUAUUUUGGUGACAUUUUUUUAUAUUUUUAAAAAACUCUGGCAUAACUUUAGAGGCAGAUCAAUAGAUUAUGAAAGAAUACCCAGUCAAGACGGUAUUAAUUUAAAUAUUCAAGUUGCUCGUGGUCAUCAGAGAAAUAGAGUUCGUUAAACAUUAUUAGCUCAUCGACCACACCCACCCAAACAGAAGCAGUACUAUUAUUAUUAAUAUUAAUAUUAUUAUUAUUGAUAUUAUUGUUAUAUUUUGCAUUAUUGUUCUUCUAUUGUUUUGUAAAAUAUCAUUAUUAUUAUUAUUA